GCAUGAUUAACCUAAUAGGCUUAAGCUCCACUUGCCAUCCACAUCUGUCAGGAUGGGAGCAAAACACAGGCCCGUAAUCCACCAGACUGGGGGCCUUCAGAAUUGUCCCGCUGCUCACUAACAGCAGAGGACUCCAAACUUAGAACAACAACAGGAUGACAGGUACCACUCCCUCUUCACGUUUGGGCCAAGAAAAUACAGAAAGCUGGUUCCAAGUUUAGGAUAUUGUACCAUGGACUUCAAAGGAUUCUGGCCUGAAAAUUGCCGGGAAGGACUAGUAAGAUUGCCUUUUGUGUCUAUUUCAAAGAUGAUUCUUGGAAAAUUGUGAAGGCUGUGGGUGGAAGAUCACUAUGAGCUGAAAUCAUGGGCUGUACACCUUCACACAGUGACAUUGUAAACAGUGUUGCAAAGAGUGGCAUUCAGUUCUUGAAAAAACCCAAAGCCAUUCGGCCAGGAUGUCCGGGUGGCAGUGAAAGAGGUUCCAUCCCUCUGCUGGUUAAAAACUCCACCUGCUAUGACGCUGGGGAGGGCCUGGCAGAGGAGCAGCCAAGUUCCAGGAGGAACCAAACCACAGCUAAAGGUCUUUGUCAGCUCAUGAGAGAUCCUGCUUCAGGCGAAAGGAAAGAUAUGGAAGGACUAAUCCCAGGAACCAAAACCUCUUCAUCCCAGCCCAACAAAUCACAAAGCCACAUGGCUAAAGACAUUCCGUUCAAGACACAGGGUUCCCAUGGAUCUCAAGGGGCAGAACUUUCUGGAGAUGAGAGUGAGGAAAGUAGUACCCAAGAUGAUUCCAAGUGGAAAAGGACACCAAAAUGCCACACGUCAAGCGCACAGAGCCACUGCCGCCAAACCAUCCACAGUGCUCAUGGGUCUGAAGGCAAAGUGGACUUCCCGGAGCCGCUGGUAAAGGCCCACCAGCACGCUUAUGCCUAUCUACACUCCAGCCUCUCCAAAUACGAAGCAAUUCUGCGCAUCAUCCAUCAGGCCACCCAGACCCGGGAGCUGCUGCAGCCCAUGGUCAGCUUCCUGCUGCUGUGCUUUGAGGAGAUCAGCCAGCUGUUGGGGGAGAUCUCCAAGGAUGGAGAAGUGCUCCUGCAGGAAGUUAGGGAGGAUCUGGCUUGGCCUUUGAAGAAAAGGGAGCCCCAGGAGCAGCCAGACCUCCUGCAACAGCUGCUGCAGUACACAGUCAGCAAGCUGCAGGUGCUCAAUGGCACGGUGGCCUUGCUCACCAGCAGCUUCCUGGAGGGCUCCAGCAGCUACCUCCACUCCACCGCAGCCCACUUGGAAAAUAAGCUGAGCACAAAAAAGAAUGUGGAUGAGUGCGUCCUGAGGGCUCUGGGGCAGCUAGAGAGCCUCGCAAGUGGCUGUGGUGACCCUGGAGUACAGGGUCUCCCCUUAUGCUCAGAGGACAGUGGCAUUGGUGCUGACAAUGAGUCUGUGCAGUCAGUGGACAAGCUAGGCAAACAAACCAGCUGGGACCUUGCACCAGAUCCCAAAGAAUGGAAGUCAGUGACUUUGCCCUACACAGAGGCCAGGCAGGCAGGACACACCUGGCAACAAAGUUCAUUCUGUAUGGAUUCAGGCCGACCCCAGGACUGCCUGUUCUCAGGGGUUCCUAUGGCAAAGGUUCAGCCACAAGCACAGGACGAAGCAAGGAGCCCCUGCCUCUCCAGCACAAACCCAGAAAAUAUCACCUCCCUGCCUUUGGAGCUGGAAACAAGCACCCCAAGUGAUUCAUUUGGGAUUGGGGCCCCUGUGGAAGCACAUCUUUCCAAAACCUCCAGACUGAUGGACACUCCAUCUCUUAGUGACAGCGAGGACAGCAGCUCAGAGGAAGAGGAAGAAGAAAUGAGCAGCAUGAGUGUGUGUGCAUGGCAGGUAAAAGCUCCAGAUUCAAGGCCACGAUCUUCACCUGCUGACUGGGAAAGUCCAUUUCAGUCCCACUCCAGGAGGCUUAGGAGCUCCCAGGCUCAGGAAAUGAUUCUGAAGAUGAAGAAAGCAAUCAGCGAAAGGAUCAAGUUUGUCCCUGUGCCCUCUGGGCACCAGGACUGGUCAGAGGAGGAGGAGGGGAGAACAGCGGUCCCCUCAAGACCUAGCACGGUCAGUGGCAGCAGGAGGGCCCCCGAGAGGCAGAGGAGGUCCCAGUCAGAGUCGAGUCUACAGAGUCACGUGGAGGACCCCACCCUUCAGGAGCUUCGAAGGGUCCAGAGGGACCUCAGUCAGAAGCUGGAGGCAUUUUAUGCCCUGGGCACUAAAGGGCGGGGGCAGAGCCAGGAGCAGAUUCCACAGCCCAGGGCAGCAGCCGAGUGGCCCAAUGGUGCCUGCAGGGUCAGUUCAAGCAGUACCACCAGCAGGCUCAAGGCGUCCCUCACCAAGAACUUCAGCAUUUUGCCUAGUCAGGACAAGAGCAUCUUGCAGAAAUGCAGUCCCCAUCCUGAGGACAAACAGGGCAAAGCUGAGAAGCUUCCAGAUGCCACCCUAUCAGGAGAGUUCAGUGAGGCUGCUGGGGCCAAAGACUGGAAUGUCAGGGCCUGUCCCACCAGAACAUCCGUCAAGAAGCUCAUUGAAACUUUCAGUCCCAUGGAGAGUCUGAGGACGCUGGGGGACUCCAAGGACUCUGAGGAAAGUCCCUACCUGAGGAAUAGCAUCAUGCCCCCCAGAUUUCCCAUGUCCAGGGGGCUUGCCCCUUUGUAUCCGAAGCCCCAAAUUUCUCCAGCCUCAGGCAGAGAAUCUCUCAAAAUGGGCAUAGGCUGGAAGCCCUUAGCACCUAUCUUUCCCCCUCUGCCUAAAGCAGAAGCAGCCAAGAGUGAGGAGCUCAGCUGUGAAGUGGAGGGGAACCCUGAGCACCUCCCUCCACCACCCCUGGAAGUCCUGAUGGACAAAUCAUUUACUUCUCUGGAGUCCCAAGAAAGCACCGAGUCCACAGAGAGCUCUCCCGAGGAAACGCAGGAAUCAGGGCCAGGAGAGGCUGGCCCCACCAGGAGAACAUGGGCUUCCCCAAAGCUGAGGGCCUCUGUGAGCCCCCUGGACUUGCUGCCCAGCAAGAGCACCGCCAGCCCCACCAAGCCUCGCAGCACAGAGCCAGGGAGUGGCAAGAGCAGCUGCCAGCCCAGGAAGCCAGCCCUGGACCUGAGCCACCCACCAGCCACUAGCCACAGCCCAGAGGUGAAGGGUGGGACUUGGAGUCGGACAGAGAAGGCCGCCAGCCUCUCCAGGCAGCCCCGGAAGGCAGCUGCCUGGCACCACUCCAGCCCUCCAUCCGGACAGAACAGGACCUCAGAGUCCAGCCUGGCCAGACUGAGGCAGAGCCGAGAGAGAAGCCCCGCUGUGGGCAGAAAAGACUCUCCCACGAGGACACACUGGGUGCCCCAAGCAGAGAAGAGGCGCCGGAGCCUGCCCCCCUCUUACAGACCUGCCCAGCCAGGCCCCUCUGCUAUGCAGACACUCCCCAGCCCACCACUCAGCCCUGGAGCUUCCAGCCCACUGGUGAGCCCCAGGGUGCUAAGCCCACCAACCACAAAGCGGCGAACGUACCCACCGUGCCAGGCCAAGCUGCCCAGCCCUCCCCCGGAAAGCCCACCCGCUCAGUGCAAGGUCUCCAGCCCUCCAAGCCAGCGCCCAGAAGCAAGCCCCCCUUCCUCAGUUCCCUCCCCAUCACCCCCAAUGUCCCCGUCUCAGGGGCACAAGGAAACAAGAGACUCUGAAGACAGCCAAGCAGUCACAGCCAAAGUGUCUGGGAACACACAUUCCAUAUUCUGCCCGGCCACCUCCUCUCUGUUUGAAGCUAAAUCGCCACUCUCAACAGCCCACCCACUGACCCCACCAGAGGCUGGGGGCCCUCUUGGGAACCCAGCAGGGUGCUGGAGGAGCAGCUCAGGGCCUUGGCUGAGAGCAGACUCACAGCGGAGAGCAGCUCUGUGUGCCCUCAACCCUCUGCCUUUCCUCAGAAGGACAGCUUCUGACCGCCAGCCGGGUGCCCGCCUGCAGCCUCCCAACCCCACCAGCACCUCCUGUGAAUCCCAGCCCGGCCAAAGCAGCAGCAGCAGCAGCAGCAGCAGCAGCAGCAGCAGCAGCAGCAGCAGCGAGGAGAGCCCUAAGAAGGAUGCAGAGCCAGGGAGCAGCCCCUGUGCCCCUGAAUUACAGGGCAGCGGCAGGCAUGCAUCUCCCCCAGAGUUCUGUGUGCUGGGCCACGGGCUGCAACCGGGCUGACAAGGGGGCCACACUUAUGCCGUCAGCCCAGGCCACGUGUGACAGUCAAGUGUCCAGCCUGACCCAGAGGCAUAGCCCCAACAGGAGGAGGUGUCCUGACAGGCUGACAAGGGGGCCACACUCAUGCCGUCAGCCCAGAAGGCCAAGUGUGACAGCCAAGUGUCCAGCCUGACCCAGAGGUGGUGGGCAAACCAAACUCCUACUGAGGCGUCCUGGAAAGGCUUGGAAGAUCCACUGCCCAGUGGGUCUGCUGAAUUUUAAACAGUCACCGGUUUCAGUCCCAGAUCCUGCUCUGCCUUGGAGUUCAAAGGUUCACCAGAACUUUAGACCCCACAAUGACAGUAUUUAAUCCUUCAAAUGCUGGCCUUAAUUUGUUGCAUGCUUGAUGGGGUUUUACCUGGGUUCGUUCCAUGAAAUCACUUAAGCCUCACAACAGGGAAUAAAGCAGACAGCAUUCUCUAGUUUUGUGCAUAUGAAAACCGAAGGUGUGGAGAGGAGGCCCCUCUCAAGUGUCCUGCUGAAGGUCAUAGAGCUAAGAAGAGAAUAGAGUGAAAUUUUGCACAGAUGAGUCUGGUGCUAGAAUCUCUCUGCUCUUUUUAUUACGUUCCACUGCCCAUAGGUAGCGUGUCACUCCACCUGCCUAAAGCAGACGUAGGUGCACAAAUGAUUGGAAAGCUUCUUUGUUGUAAGGUUAAGCAGUGGCACAGCAUUGAAGCCUCCACUGAGAGCUUUGUUUGGACGUGCAUGGUUCCCAAAAUGAGAAGGCUGAGUGAGCUGGGAUUAAAACACACAGCCCCACCCACCCUCUGUCCUCUCCUCCUUCCCAAGCUGAGUUUCAAUGUUGUAAACUUAAAGCUGGCAGCUCACAAUACCAGCCACACUGACUCUCGGCCUAAGCGCGUUGCAGAUGUUCUCACUGCCCGACGUAUUACGUGCUUCUCGACUGAGUAGGGUGAACCAAGCCUCCCAAACAGGUACCCCAUUCUCCACUUGCCUUGCGUGCUGGAGCUCAGAAGACAGCGUAGGUAAGGCAUAUACACUCACACGCCAAUCCCCUCUCGGAGGCUUCUUGGCCAACUGUCUUCCCAGGUCAUCUUGCAGAACUUCUGCUGGAGUCAAAAUCAAAGUGAAAAUAGUUGUUCAUGCCAAAAACCUGCUUCUGCCAAUGAGCUAGAUAUUUGCGGCAGAUCUUGGAAUGUUUCCACUGGAGGCUGUGGUAUGCGUUCUAUUUAGAAAAGAUUUUGCAGUAAUUGAGUGAUUCAGUGCCCGCUCAGUGGGUUGGCAAAACACAAUGAUUCUUACCCACCGGGGUACAGCUAAAGGAUGAUCCUCCAGAUCUGCCGCAAAGCUCAUUUUUUUAAGUUUGGGGAAAUUAUAGACCUCAAACCCAUUCUUGCUGAAAUAGAUUGUGGGCUCAAAAACUUGUUAAACUGAGUCCCUAGGGACUACAGCGACCUCCCCCAGAGCGAGGCUAUGACUCUGAGUAAAUGAAUCCCACCUCAACUUGUCCAGUUAUUAUUCAAAGGCACUCAAAGAACAGCUGAUUAAACUACCAAGAGCGGCCACAGCCCAUCCUUCUGCUGGAAACGCACAUACCCAGCUAUCUGCUCACGUGUGUUCCUGUUGCCACCCUCAUCUCAGAGCAGUGCUCAGGCAGUGCCCAGGCUGGCCGAUGCUAGAGCCAAGCCACACCCACCUCUGGGUGGACACUUGAGAGCUGCCUGGGCUGCAGGCAAUGCUGGGAAGUCCAGCCACCCCAGCAGGGCAGGGGCUGAGAUAAGCAUGUGAGAAUGAACCAGGUUCAGGUAUCUUGCCCAAUAGAGAUCUGGGCAUUCUCCCUAAAUGAUUGGGCAGGCCAACCAUUGGGUUACCAUGGGGUGAGCCUUAGGUUGGCUGGGCACUGAGCUGAGUAAGCAGGAGACACACAAUGUGGGCAGCCUUUGAGGUCUAGCUCACAGGUAAGUGGCUUCAGGUGGGACCGCUCAGAAAUCAGGCCCUGCCUGGACUAGGAUUUAGGGGCAGGAUUCCUGGAGCUCCGAGGAAACCAAGCUGUUCCCCAGCUGCAGGAAGACUGGAGUGAGAUACAGUGGGUGAACCUGGGGUACCAUAAGGCGGUGUAACCACAGGAAUCAUAAAAAUUUUAGUUACUGGAACCAAGAUAUGAAGUAGAGCGAGACCAGCAGUGAGGGGAAGCAAGGCUGAGUCUCCAGCCCAGGCCUCCUUCUCUAAAGGGCCUCAUCUUAGAAGUCCAGGGCUGUGUAGAAAGUGGAAAGGGGGGCCGAGUGCCCCCCGCUGUGGCCAUGCAGGCUAGCAGGGAAAGCAGGGAGCCAGGCAGAGGAUUCCACCACAGAAGGGGGCAGUGUCAUGGAGAUGAUGCAGGAAGGUCCAGAAUGAGUGCUGCUUUCCAUGGGCGUGCAUGACAGGAAGCUGAGACUGGAAGUUGCCCCUUGCCAGGCUAGGCUGGUAAGCAGCAGGAAGUGCCCCCCUCAUGUUGCAGGUGGCAGAUGAGGGGUAUAGGGCACCUAGGUUCCUACCAUCAGCUGUGGAGAUGCCCGUGAUGCCUCCUUGUCCCUCUGGAAGACCUCCACAUUUGCUUGGUGCCAACAUGUGCCAGGACAGGGCAAAGUUCCUGCCAUAUGCCCCCACAUGUGAUGUCAUAAGAGCCCCCAGCUGCCAGGAUACCCAGGCAGCAGGGACAGUGAGCUGGUGACACCAUUGUGUUGCCCAGUGACCCAAGACUACUGAAAUUCCAAGUCAGCUUCCCCCACUUCAGGGAAGACAGGGAGGGGUUACCAAGGGGCUGGGGGCUGGGGGUCAAUGAGGUCAAAGGCAAAGCAGUACCAAGCCCAACACAGGAGUAGGUGGGUCAAAGAUAUGUUUUUGGCUACCAUACCAACUACCAGACUUAGCUCAAAUUACAGGUGAGUUAGACUUUGUACAAAAGCAAUUAAAUCCACAACGGAACAGUUUUGUGGCAUCUGCUCAGUUUUGCCCCUCCUAGAGACCAAGCCUUCCACAAACUUGAGUCUUCCUUAGAGCACACAUUUCUGGUGGCAGAAGGGGGCAAACCCAGCUGCACAGUCUCAGAUGGGCUGCUCAUGCCCACCCUCUCCCUGCCACCCGAGAAUGGUAUCCUUGCUAGGCCAAGUCCACUUCCUUUGCCCAAGGGAGAAGGGAGGACAGUUUUUCUUUGUUCUGCCUUUUGUUUUGGGGUUUAAAAAAAAAAUUCUUAUGAAGCCAGUGGAUCCAACUCAU